GAAAGAAAGAAAGAAAAAAAGAAGAAGAAGAAAAAGAAGAAGAAAGAGCUUUAUUUACAAAGAGAAUAUGAAAAAAGUGAAAAGGUUAAAGAAAUCGAAAAAUCUUGUGUCUGAUGAAACUUUAGCAUACGACACUAAAGUGUACAUAUACACGGACAGUGACAGUAGUUUGGAUUAUGAUACAGAGUUAGAGGAAAACGAAGAAAGCAUAACACAGAGAUAUGAAGAGAAAAACAAAAGGCAGGAGGAAGAGAAUUUUGGGAUUGGUCACGUGUCCUAUGAAGACGCCUGCUUCAAUCUAAAAAUAGUACCGAUUCGGAGGAUUUCGGAACAACUUCCGCUUAAAGACAUGCGUCUUCAACAUAUUGGAAUAAAUUGCAGUCAUUGCAAAGCGCUUGCUUGUGCAUUAUGGAACAACACCUGUAUUGAAAGUAUAGAACUGGAAGACAAUGGUUUAGUUGGUGAAAACUUGGUACCAAUCAUCAAUGUAGUGAGGACCAAUUCAAAUAUUAAAAGCUUGAGUUUAUCAGAAAAUGAAAUACAAGUAGUUGGUGCAAUGGCUCUUGACGAGAUUUUGCGAGAAACAACGUGUUUGACACACAUCAAUCUAUCCGGAACAAAGUUGGGCGACAGGGAGUGUGAGUUCAUAGCAGCAGGAUUACAAAAUAAUAACAGUGUAAGAUGGUUGAACCUUAGUCACAAUAUAAUAGGAACUGGUGGUAGUAAGAAACUAGGACGAGCGAUUGGGGACACAACUUCUUUGCAGUCUUUAAACCUUAGUUGGAAUCAUAUAAGAAUGGAAGGUGCAGUUGGUAUACUAAAAGGGUUACAGAAAAAUAAUUCAUUAAUCAAUGUGGACCUAAGUAUGAACGGACUCGGGUUCGAAGGAAGUCUGGCAUUGGAAGAUACCUUACGAGAAAACACAUGUUUGAAAUAUCUUGAUAUAAGCAAUAACAGAAUAAACUGGGAAGGUGUGUCUUAUGUUGCCAAAGGCCUGAAAAAGAACUCAACACUGCAGAUGCUGAAAAUUGGCAGUAAUCCUAUUAAUAUGGAGGGUUGUUAUGAACUGUUGAAAGCUGUCGCUUCCAGAAAGAGUCAAAUCUUGCAUAUAGCACUAGAUAAUAUCCCCGUGAAUGGCGCUGUUUUAACGGUGGCCAAUGACAUAAUGAAGACCCGGCAGUUCUCGAUUACUCAUGGUGGAAUUCUUGAUACGAGGGACGUUGUUGGCAUCAGAAAAGUGAAACCAGAGGACCCAAUAACAAUUGUUGUACGGUAUCUAGGAACCGUAGGUAUCCGGAUAAUCGACCUGUUCCGGAUGUUUGACUCUGAUAAUGAUGGCCAGGUCUCAAGAAGGGAGUUCAUCCGCGGACUUAAA